CAUGACUUAGGUUUAUUUACCGGUAUGGAAAAAAAUUGGCAUAUAAAAUUUGGUGCUUUGAAAUGCUGGACUUGUUCAACACAAGCGGUAAAUGGCUCGCUCUGCUCGGAUCCAUUUGAUCCUGACAUAGCACCAAGUUUUCAAAAUAGGGAAACUUAUGUAGAUUGCUAUUUAUCACAUUUCGAUUUAUUCGCAACAAAACGGGCCGCUUGCAAAAAAGUCGAACUAGAGGUUUAUGGAACAAUUUUAACACAGAGGGGAUGCACCUAUGAAAAUGUGAAUGAUUUACCUGAUAAAUGUUAUUAUGAUGAUGUGCCAGCAUAUUUUAAAACAGUUUUUUGUGAGACUUGUUUGACUGACGGUUGUAAUUACGCUCCAAAUUUAUUUCAUGGAAAUAUUUUAAUAUUAAUUUUGCUUUCAAUAACAUGUAUAUUUGAACAAUGUCGUAAGCCGAAUAAAAAUGAUCCAAAUUUAUAUCAUGUCGUAGCUCGAAAUGUCGUAUCUCGAGGACUUAGUAUAUAUAUUUUGAAUAUGUUAGCAUUAUGGUAUAGAUUUAAGAAAGUGUAA